GCUAAUUUAAGCGCCAUAAUAUAUAAAUUAAUGAAAAAGAAAAGACAGUCACCAUAAGACGAUUUAAAAAGUAUUAAAAAAUUACCAAAUGCUUAUGAUGAUUUAGAAAACACUCAAAGUAAUGUGACUGAUCUAAUUAAAAAAAUGAAGUUUAGAGAAUUAGAAGAAUAUGAAAUUUAAUAAUUUAUAAUAUCUCCUGAUGAAUAAAAGUUUCUAAUGAUCACUGGUUAACCUGGAUGUGGUAAAACUAUGCUCUUAACUAAAUGUUUAAAAUUAUGGAAAAAUAAUUAUACUACUAUAUAUAUAAAUGCUAUGCAAUGUAAAAAUUAUACAGAAUUUUUAAAUAUUUGUAAAAAGUAAAUGAAUCUUAAGAACUCUCUUGGCAAAUAAUAACAUCGUAAUAUUUUUAUAGAUAAACUUAAAGAUUUGAAUGCGUAAUAUAUAUAUACAUAAUUUUAUUUAGCAUUAUCAUUAUUGAUGAAUUUGACAAUUUAUUUAAAGUAAGUGAAAAAGAAGCCUUUGAUUUAUUCUCCUUGUCUAAAUAUGCUAUCAUUAUAGGAAUCAGCAAUGAUAUAGAGUUUCUAUAAACUUAAUCUGUAAGAUAUAAAUUUUAGCUCCCUUAAUUUAAAAAUUUAAUUCUCAAACCUUACACAAUAUAGCAGUUAUAAGAAUUAGUUAAAGAUAAUUUAAAAUAAAUGGAAAUAUUGUAUAUUUAUUAUUUAUUUAGAAAAUAUGAUGAGAAUGCAAUAAAGUUACUUACAACUAAAGCUUAUAAUGAUAAAGGAGGUGAUAUGAGAAAUAUAAUAGAUAAUGUUAAAAGAAUUUUAAGAGAAAAAGAUGAAAUGACAACAGAUGCUGUCAACUAAGAAAUAGGUAUGAGUGUUAUUGAUAACAAAAUGAAGAGUGUUGUUACUACAUUAACUUUACAUUAAUAAUUAAUACUCUUAGGGAUUACUGCAUUAUUAAAAAAAGAGUCAAUUUAACUUGAAAUAGAUUUAUAAGAUCUAAUCAGAAAAGUCAAUGAAAUUAAAUACAAACUAAGCUUGCCAUUAAGUGUAGAUGUAGAAGAGGAAAUUAAUUUAUUGAAAGAUUAUAACCUACUUACUACUAAAGAAGUGAAACAAUAAAAAAUGGGUUUUAAAAUCACUGUAAAAAAGAUACAAUGCAAGUUCACAGCUGAAGAAUUGAAAUAUUAAUUAUCU